AUGUCGUCCAUGUUUGAAGUUGAUCCUCCAGUAUCGGUCGCCCAACCAACCGAUUUACCGACUUGUAUGUACAAGGUGGAUAGCUUUUAUAGCGAUCAUCAACAGAGGAAUAGCCAUCACGGCAAGCAGGAAAACAGUGGAAAAGAAGAGGAGAUGAUGGAGGAUAUACGCCAGCUAGAACAACGUCAAGUGAAUCUAUUAGCUCAACUUCAAGAUUUAAAAUUGAAAGUCAACAAGAUCGCUCAACAACAUGGUGUGACGAUUCCAGAGCCAGAGGAGAAUGCGGCAGUCAAUGUUGUCAUUACGUCGUCACCCAAUGCUUUACCUCUUUCAACCGUCAUAUUACAAAAGUUAUUAGUCAAGCGUGGCCGCCAAUGUACUUUCUCCACGCAUUUGCACUCUUCCUUCACAAGCGCAAUACCAAGCAAUACAUGCAAAUGGCUAGCAAGAUAUAAUACCGGAGUUCAUACCAGACGACAAGGGAUUCUUAUAUCAGUCAUGAUAACAAACGAUGACUGUCCAAUCUUGAAAGUGGAUGGUGUUAGUCAUACGGCAAUCGUAGGCGAUGGAAAUAUUGCACGUUAUCUAUGUCGCUUAUUUCUUCCUAUCUUAUACGAUGAUUCUGAUGCUGUGAUGUCAACAGAAAUUGAUUCCUUACUCGAUUCUAUCGAAACGAGCUUGCUCAAUGGCAAUAAUCGUGAACAAAAUGCAACACUUCGCAACAUCAACGCUAAAAUUGGCAAAUCUCAAUGGUUGCUUGGUGAUAGAGUGUCGCUAGCAGAUAUUGUACUAUUUUCCGCUGUCAAGCAAUCUGGAAUAGCAGGAUCAUUACCCAAUAAUAUUCAAAGAUGGUAUAAAUCUUGCUCUGACCACGACGGCUUCAACGAGCUCGGACAUAUAUUGUAG